GGAUCUCUUCUUCUCUCUCUCGUGCGUGGGUUUAAGGUGUUACGGAUUGAAUUAGCUGUGGCCAUUGUUUGAGAGCUAAAAGGAAUAUAUUUUGACGUGUGGAUGCUCUUUGUUUGAACAGCUAAAAGGUAUUGAUUUGGAUCAGAUUCUGGUUUUGCAGUCUCACUCAUUUUGUUUCAGUCGUUUUGCUUACUAUUCUUGUUUUGCGGGAAACAUUUAGAGCUUUAGUUGAGGAUUAUGAUUCUUGGUCCUACACAAUCACCUUAUGAAGGAGUUGGGUUUGAAUCGAGAAGCAAAUACUUGUUUGGUCUAGUUUUCUUCUCCAUAUUUCAACUGAGCAUACAGAGAUCAAAUACAGGCAGUUUCCAUUAUUAUUUGGUGGAUCUUCCAUUGGUUGCACUGAGGCUACUACUGCUGGAAGAUGGCUAAUAACCAUCAGUAUCCUGGCAUUCAGCCAUUCCAGCAUCCUAAUGCUAGCUCCAUAGAUUUACCCCGAGGCUUUGCUCCACCCAUGAACUUUCAGUUUCAUCCUACCAUUCAAGCUCCUCAGUCUGAGCCAGUUGCUCGAUUGUCUUCUCAGAAAUUUCAAUGUGUUGGCAGAGGUGGCACAGUAUUGAACAUUGGAUAUCCACCUCAAUCUUAUGCACCUCAGUUAUUACAGUCAAUGCACCAUUCACAUGAAAGACCCAGCCAAUUAAAUCAGGUGCAAGUUCAACAUGUUCCACUUGGACCCCCAACUCUAGUUUCACAGCCAAAUGUGUCAAUUGCUUCUGGUACCUCCUUGCAUCAGCCUUAUGUACAAACUCCAGAUAUUAGUAUGACUGGCUUUGGUGGCCCUAGGGCACUCUUUUCUUAUCCGAGUGCCACAUCUUACGAAGGUUCGAGGGCACCACCACAAGUCACUGGACCAAGCAGUCAUAGUCAGGCACAACAUAGAGCAUCUAUCAGCCAGACUACUGCACAAUCUUCUAUCCUGAAUCCGACAUUUGAACAACCAAAGGAAGCUUUUACUAAACCUAUACCUUCUCAAGAGGCUCUAACAGAUUGGGUUGAGCAUACCUCUGCAGAUGGAAGGAAAUAUUUUUUCAACAAGAGAACAAAGAAGUCCACUUGGGAGAAGCCUGUUGAGUUGAUGACUCUUUUUGAGAGAGCAGAUGCAAGAACUGACUGGAAAGAACAUGCAAGUCCUGAUGGAAGAAAGUAUUACUACAAUAAGAUUACGAAGCAAUCAACAUGGACAAUGCCUGACGAAAUGAAGAUUGCACGUGAACAAGCAGAAAAGGCAUCUCUUCAAGGGCCUCAUGCAGAAGGCAUUAUUGAUGUUUCUAAGGUGCUGACUCGUUCUGAUACUGCAUCAACUGCAGCUCCGACUAGUCUACCAAGCCAAACUUCAACCUCUGAGGGCAGUGAGAAACUAGCUCUUACUUCUGAUUGGAAGCAGCCAGCUUCAGUUCCUGGAAGUUCUUCUCCGGUCGAAAAUGUUGAUCGAGUUCAGAUGAUUGCAGAUGAAACAUCACAAUUGUGUGCUUCAGAAACCGAUGGUCCUUCUGUCCCUGUGACUAAAACUUCUGCUGCUACAUUAGAUGAGAAGGAUGAAAUUUCGGUCGGGAACAGUGGAGAUUCAGAUGACAUGUCAGCUACAAACGCAAAUCAAGGUAGUGGGACUGGGCCAGAAGAAAGCCAAAAACCUAUGGUGGAAAGUGAAAGAGUUGAGAGUCAAACGGAAGAAAAACAAAUUAAUCAAGAGACAAUAAACUUUUCCUUUAACAAUAAAUCGGAAGCUGGGGAUGUCUUCAAAUCACUUUUGAAAUCUGCCAAUGUUGGAUCUGACUGGACAUGGGAACAGGCCAUGAGAGAAAUUAUUAAUGACAGAAGAUACGGUGCUCUGAGGACACUUGGAGAGCGGAAGCAAGCCUUCAAUGAGUUCUUACUUCAAACGAAAAGAGCAGCUGAGGAGGAAAGGCUAGCCAGACAGAGAAAACGGUAUGAAGAUUUUAAAAGGAUGUUAGAGGAAUGCGUGGAACUUACUCCUUCUACUCGGUGGAGUAAGGCUGUGACAAUGUUUGAAGACGAUGAGCGUUGCAAAGCUCUUGAACGAGAAAAAGACCGUCGUAAUAUUUUUGAAGAUCAUGUCAGUGAGCUAAAAGAGAAGGAGCGUGUGAAAGCUCUUGAGGAUCGCAAGCGGAACAUAAUUGAAUACCGAAGAUUUUUGGAAUCUUGCAAUUUCAUCAAGCCUAAUAGUCAAUGGCGCAAAGUUCAGGACCGCUUAGAAGUGGAUGAAAGAUGUUCACGUCUUGAGAAAAUUGAUCAGCUAGAAAUCUUUCAGGAGUAUCUGCGUGAUCUGGAGAGAGAAGAAGAGGAGAAAAAGAAGAUACAGAAGGAGGAACUCAAAAAAGCAGAGCGAAAGCAUCGUGAUGAGUUCCGUGGGCUGAUAGAGGAACAUAUUGCAACAGGAGAGCUUACUGCCAAAACUAUAUGGCGUGAUUAUUUAAUGAAGGUCAAAGAUUUACCAGUAUAUUCAGCAAUUGCGUCGAACUCCUCUGGAGCUACUCCAAAAGACUUAUUUGAAGAUGCUGUUGAGGAUUUGAAAAAAAGGUACCACGAACUCAAGUCUCAGAUAAAGGAUGUAUUGAAAUUGAGAAAGGUAAAUUUAUCCGCUGGAUCAGCAUUUGAUGAGUUCAAGGUCUCAAUUUCCGAGGAUAUUGGUUUUCCACCUAUUCCUGACGUUAGACUAAAGGUAGUCUUUGAUGAUUUGCUGGAAAGGGCAAAGGAGAAGGAAGAAAAGGAAGCCAGAAAACAGACAAGGCAGACUGAAAAGUUGGUGGAUAUGCUUCGCUCCUUCAAGGAUAUAACUGCCUCUUCAUCAUGGGAGGAAUCAAAACAUCUUGUUGAAGGUAGUGAAAAAUGCCGUACUAUUGGCGAUGAGAGCUUCCGGAAGCAGACAUUCGAAGAUUACGUUUCACUCCUCAAAGAGCAAUCAAAAAGGAUCAAACAGAACAAGAAGGUACCCGAGGAUGUGAGAGAGGAACAUGACAAGGGGAGAGAUAAAUACGGAAGAGAGAAGGACAGAGUGCGAGAAAGAGACAGUGACGAUCAUCAUAAGAAAGGUGCAGCUGGUAAUUACAACCAUGAUAUGAAUGAAUCCCAUGGAAAAGAUCGUAGAAGAUCAGGAAGAGAUAGCCAUAACCGACAUCGAGAAAGACAUACUAGUGUGAAGGAAAAUGACACAGACCAUUUCAAAGAAUCCCAAAAAGCUGGCGGUGGCCAUAAGAAAUCAAGACAUCAGCGAGGUUUGGUCCCCGAAGCAGAGGUUGAGGGGAGGAUAAAGCGGCGUAGGAAAGAGGAAGAGAGUGAGCACACAAAGGAAGAGGAGCUUGAAGAUGGAGAAUGUGGUAGGUAUUGAAAAUGUUUACACCAGGUUAAUAUCUCACUCCCAUGUUUGGAGUUGUUUAGGCUUCGGAUUUUCUUGGAUUGAGUUUUGUUGAAACCGGUCUCAUCAUAAACACUAUUUUGUUAU